AUGAUCGUCCCAAGGAGGCCUCACCGCUCAGGGCUGCUGAAGUUGGCAGUGGUGCUGCUCUUAGCGCCAAGGUGCAGAGCAUCAGUGCAGCCCCUCAUCACACCUGCACCUGUGCCGACAGUGGAGAGAAAGAUGAUGCCAGAGCGGCGACAAGUGUCGACGAUCGUCCACAACGGCGUCACGAGCAUCAGCGUGCCCAAUUCCCUGCCAGCGGGAGGUCUGUCGAUCACCCAGCCUGCCAUCACUGCUGCAGCAUCAUACUAUCGUGUCAUGCCCUCUGCAGACAUCACGUUUGGCUGGACACUCACCUCUGUCGUCGUCGCGCCGACCUCGCUGACCCUUCAGGCCUUUUGCUCUCAGAACGGGUUUACCUAUCCCGUCGGGCCUACCAACGGCAUCCCUGGCGCAGCGACCCAGUACAUCUGGAAUCCCUAUGACUACCAAGUCGCUGCAGGUGCCACACCACUCGCACAAGCAAGCUACACGCUCCGGAUCUUUGACGAGAGGGGAUUCUACCAGACUGCCGCACCGGGCAGGAUGAGUCCCUACUCGGGCACCAAAUUCGCGCUCUACUUUCCCCAGAGCUACACGCCGCUCAGCAGCUGGUCUUGUCCGUCUUGCUCGUACGCGUUUUCGGGGUUCUCGAGGAUCCCGACGAUGCUGGCCAUAGCCAUGGCGAUCGCUACUGGCAUCGCUAUUGGGGCCGGACAGAUGCUAGCGAGGCUGUGA